CCGACUUCUGUCUUUUUUGCAGCUGCAGUUUGAGGCUUUGCAGGGGAGUGGUGCGUGUUAAUAGCUUUAAACAGUCCGGUAGUGUGUUAUAACACGUUUCUGCUUCCAAAAUGAAGCGGUUGUGGAUCUUAGGGCUUCUCUGUGCACUUCUUGUGUUCACAUCUGUUAAGGCAGGCGAUGAAGUUGAUGUUGAUGGUACAGUUGAGGAGGACCUGGGCAAAAGCAGAGAUGGAUCCAGGACAGAUGAUGAAGUUGUUCAGAGGGAGGAAGAAGCCAUUCAAAUCGAUGGAUUAAAUGCAGCACAGAUUAAAGAACUUCGGGAGAAAUCGGAAAAGUUUGCCUUCCAGGCAGAAGUGAACCGAAUGAUGAAACUGAUCAUCAACUCUCUGUAUAAGAACAAAGAGAUCUUCUUGAGGGAGCUGAUCUCUAAUGCUUCUGAUGCCCUGGAUAAGAUCCGGUUGUUGUCUCUCACCAACGAAGAUGCACUUGCUGGGAAUGAAGAGCUGACUGUUAAGAUUAAGUCGGACAAGGAGAAGAACAUGCUUCACAUCACUGACACUGGCAUUGGCAUGACCAAAGAGGAACUUGUGAAGAACCUGGGUACUAUCGCCAAGUCAGGCACCAGCGAGUUCCUCAACAAGAUGACCGAGAUGCAGUCAGAAGGCCAGUCCACCUCUGAGCUGAUUGGCCAGUUCGGAGUCGGCUUCUACUCUGCCUUCCUGGUGGCUGACAAGGUCAUCGUCACAUCCAAGCACAACAACGGCACGCAGCACAUCUGGGAGUCCGACUCAAACUCCUUCUCGGUCAUCGAGGACCCACGAGGCAACACUCUGGGCAGAGGAACCACCAUCACUCUGGUCAUGAAAGAAGAAGCCUCUGACUACCUUGAGCUGGAGACCAUUAAGAACCUUGUGAGGAAGUACUCCCAGUUCAUCAACUUCCCAAUCUAUGUGUGGAGCAGCAAGACUGAAACAGUGGAAGAGCCGAUUGAGGAGGAGGAAGCUGAGAAGGAGGCAGAGAAGGAGACUUCUGAAGAUGAGGCUGAGGUGGAGGAAGAAGAGGAGGAUAAAGAUAAACCCAAGACCAAGAAGGUGGAGAAGACCGUGUGGGACUGGGAGCUGAUGAAUGACAUCAAGCCCAUCUGGCAGAGGCCAGCUAAGGAGGUAGAGGAGGAUGAGUACAAAGCUUUCUACAAGACCUUCUCAAGGGAUAGCGAAGAGCCCAUGAGUCACAUCCACUUCACAGCUGAGGGAGAGGUCACCUUCAAGUCCAUCCUGUUCGUCCCUGCAGCAGCCCCCAGAGGUCUUUUCGAUGAGUACGGCUCCAAGAAGAAUGACUUCAUCAAGCUGUUUGUACGCAGAGUCUUCAUCACCGAUGAUUUCCACGAUAUGAUGCCCAAAUAUCUGAAUUUCAUCAAGGGUGUGGUGGACUCUGAUGAUCUUCCUCUGAAUGUCUCCAGAGAGACUCUGCAGCAGCACAAGCUGCUGAAGGUCAUCCGCAAAAAGCUGGUCCGCAAGACUUUGGACAUGAUCAAGAAAAUCGCAGAGGAGCAGUACAACGACAAGUUCUGGAAGGAGUUUGGUACCAACAUCAAACUGGGUGUGAUUGAGGACCACUCAAACAGAACCAGGUUGGCUAAGCUGCUGCGCUUCCAGACCUCUCACAGCGAAUCGGGGUUCUCCAGUCUGGAGCAGUAUGUCGAGAGGAUGAAGGAGAAGCAAGACAAGAUCUACUUUAUGGCAGGAACCAGCAGGAAGGAGGCCGAGUCCUCUCCCUUCGUGGAGAAGCUCCUGAAGAAGGGAUACGAGGUCAUCUACCUGACCGAGCCAGUGGAUGAGUACUGCAUCCAGGCGCUGCCCGAGUUUGAUGGCAAGCGCUUCCAGAACGUGGCCAAGGAAGGAGUCAAAUUUGACGAGAGUGAGAAGGCCAAGGAGAAGAGAGAAGCCCUGGAGAAGGAGUUUGAACCCCUCACCACAUGGAUGAAGGACAAGGCCCUGAAAGAUAAGAUUGAGAAAGCCGUGUUGUCCCAGAGACUGACCAGUUCUCCCUGCGCUCUGGUGGCCAGUCAGUACGGUUGGUCUGGAAACAUGGAGAGGAUCAUGAAGGCUCAGGCCUAUCAGACUGGAAAAGACAUUUCCACAAACUAUUAUGCAAGUCAGAAGAAAACUUUAGAAAUCAACCCCAAACACCCCCUCAUUAAAGAGAUGCUGAAGAGAGUUCAUACUAAUGAAGAUGACCAGACAGCCUCUGAUCUGGCAGUGGUGCUGUUCGAGACUGCCACUCUGCGCUCAGGCUACCAGCUGGUUGACACCAAAGCCUACGGAGAAAGGAUAGAGCGCAUGCUCAGGCUUAGCAUGAAUAUUGACCUAGAUGAACAGGUUGAGGAAGAGCCUGAAGAGGAGCCUGAGGAACCUGCAGAGGAAGAGGAGGCUGAGGAUAAGGAAGAGGUGCCAGCAGAUGAUGCAGAAGAUACGGAAGCCACAGAGAAGGACGAGCUGUAAGAGAUUGUGAACGGGGGGAGGGGUUUUGAUGGGGGCGGGGGGCCUUGGGGGGGUUGAUGGCAGACAGGGCGGAGGCUGGAUCGAGUGGCUGCCUUGUCUGUCAGGGAGAGCUUUAGGGAACUGAGAUUGGGGUUCAGGUUGGGUGUUUUAUUAAGGAGCUGCUUUUUGUGUUUGAAUUUUUUUUACAUUCCUCAUGACUGUAAAUUUGUUAAUAUUUAACUGACCUGGUUAUGGAGUGCUGAAUUCCUGUCACGUGAACCAUUAAAUGUUUCCAAAAAGGGA